AUUGAGUUAUAUUUUUCAUUAUUAUUAGAUCUUCUUUGUUAUUACUAUUAUUAUUGGAUAAUUGUUAGAUAAAAUAAUGGCAUAUGAUCAGAAUAACAACAAUAAUAAUAAUAAUGUGUUACCAAAUAAUAAUAAUUUGCGUCCAAUUCAAUUAGCUAGACCAAUUAGUGCUGAUGAACCACGCAUUGUUGCACCUAAUUCUAAUCCUUUGCCCCGUGAACCUGUCACGAGUAGCCCGGUUUAUUAUCCGGCUUCGGCACCUGCCGUCGUGCCGGAUCCCGGUUACGUUAGUGGUUUGAGUUAUGGUAAUGUUAAUGUAGUUCCCUCUAUUACAACUAGUUGGUUGCCACGUAUGCCACUGCCCGUUACUACUACUGGCGGUGUCGGAUUAGUACCUAAUUAUGGAUUUACUACUCCCAAUAGUAACAUUAGUAAUAGCGCGAGCGUUAAUACUAGUGUUGGUCCUGGUUUAGGUCCGAGUGGUUAUAAUCCGAAUCUAGGAACGGUUGCUAGUAGUGGGGGUAGUAAUGUAUCGGAUCGUGCUAGUGAGGAAGGUAGUGACGAGUCGGGUAUGGGGAGGAAAGUUAAGUUUUUGUGUAGUUAUGGUGGGAAGAUAUUGCCUAGACCGAGUGACGGGAUGUUAAGAUAUGUUGGUGGGGAUACUAGGAUUAUUAGUGUUAGAAGAGAUGUGGGGUUUGAUGAGUUGAUUCAGAAGAUGUUUGAUUCGUAUGGACGGAAUGUUGUUAUUAAGUAUCAGUUACCUGAUGAGGAUCUUGAUUCACUUGUAACGGUUUCAAGACCGGAUGAUUUGGAGAAUAUGAUGGAUGAGUAUGAUAAGUUGGUCGAGAGGUCUGCUGAUGGUUCGGCUAAGUUAAGGCUGUUUUUGUUUUCGGAUCUUGAGUCUUCUAGUGUUAUGCGGUUUAAGGAUUUACAAGAUAGUGGGCAGAAAUAUGUUGAGGCGGUGAAUGGAAUUGGGGAUGUUUAUGGCGGUGUUACUGGUUUUGCUGGUGUUAUGGGUAUGAAGGGAAGUAUGGCUAGCGCUUCUUCUACUCAGAAUUCAGAAUUGAGCGGGACGGAAGGUGGUGUGGAUAGUAUCGGACAUGAUCAAAAUGAGGCGGCUGGUAUAUCAUCUGGUGGUGUAAUAUCUCCUGCUGGCAGUUCAGCCACCGGUGUUCCUGUUGCUAAAGCCGUUGUUAUUCCAGCUUCACCUUGUCAAUCUGAUCACGAAGUGGAAGUUUUGCAAAUGCCCGUCCCUGUCCAUGUUCAACAGCCACCACCAGCACCAUUGAGAUAUGACUUGCCACCCACCGGAGCUACUAUUCCUCAGGCGCCAUCUUAUGUCCAGACUUAUGUUGAUCCCCGCCAUGGGACGUUCGGCCAUACAGAGUAUAUACAGGUGCCGCCACCUCAAAUGGGGUACCAGUCUCAGUUUAUGAGCAGCAUUGGUCCUGUCUAUGCCCAACCCCAACUCCAUGAUAAUGUUGUUGGAAUAGGAGUCAGCCCGCAACAGUUUAUAACUCCUCCUUCACAUAUUAGUUUCAAACCAAAUCCAAAUCCAAAUCCAAAUCUGGUACCAGUUCCGGUUCCAGUUCCUGUUCCGGUUCCUGUUCAGCCUUCAGCUCCUCAAAUUGUAAGGCAACCUGAGGUUCGAAUGGAACAUUUUCCCGACAGGGUUCAUCUUUCUUAUGAUCAAAACUACAAUACUUACCAGCCUCAACCUCAGCCUCAAACUCAAAUAUCUCCUCCAACAAUUCCUGUAUCUUAUGGUUGGAAUCAGAUUUCUCCGCCGGAACACGUGCCUUUUUCUGAUAAUCUGGUACCCACUCAACAAUUAAUAUACCCUGAGCAACUGCCUAGAUUUGAUGGUUGCAUUAUGUGUCAGAAAGCAUUGCCCCAUGCGCAUUCGGAUACGGUGGCACAAGAACGUAAAGAAAGCCCUAGAUCAACGGUUUCUGAUGUGAAUCCAGUUUAUCACAGUCUUAGAGUAGAGGACACCAGAAUAAUGAUGCAACCGAAUACUGUGGUAUCAAGUCCUUAUGGUGUUAUGGUCCAUCAAGCCCCCUCAUGUGGCCAUGAAAGCCCAGUUCAACAAUCUGCCAUGCCAAUUCAAUAUCAAGCAAAACAAGAGCAAGUGGUAAAUAAACGAGUUGGUGAGUUGAACCCUGUUGGAGUUAGUUCACCAACUUCAGAUAGUCAGGUUCACGAGUCUCCAAGGGACCAUUCCGGUAAUAUUGCUUUAAUUGUUUCAAAACAGGAAAAUGUAGAAUCCGGAUUGACAUAUGAUAAUCUGAGGCAAAUAGAUGCGAGAAUGGAAGAUUUACGAAUACGCCCCCAAGAAAUUGUUGUCAACAAUAACCAAGUUGGCUUUCGUGUUGAAAAACCACGAGAAGACAUCUUAGAAAAUAGACCCAGGGAGCUGAAUCUUGACAACACCGUUGGUAAACCCCAAAUGGUUCUUGAUGCAAAUUACAUUACUUCCGAGGCUCCACGGUUGCAUGAUAUCCAAUCAAUAGACUCAUUUAGAGCAAACAAUUUGGGUGGUAAUGCUAACGAGGGUGGUCCUGUAUUUUCUGGUAUUGACUCAGCUCGUGUAACAGAAGGAACCCCACUGGUUAGUGAGUGGAAUGUCUACCCAUUACAGUUUGAGCAAAAAAGUGAAGCGGAAAAUGUGCUAAUAGAUUCCCUUAAUCCAUUUAAUGGGGUUCCUGAAACCCAAGAUGGCGCAAACUCACUUUUUAGCAAUCAGGAUCCUUGGAUGUUACAACAUGAUACUCAUUUUCCACCACCUAGACCUAGUAAACUUAUGGCAAAAAAUGAAGGUAAUGGUGUCAAGGAAGAAUCACCCAGGGGAGACACACUGAUGGAUGAUGGAGCUCACCAGCCAAGUUCUAAUUUGGAUUUGAAAUUUGGUGCUGAACAUUGUCAUUCUGAUAUAGGUUCAGCAGAAGAGCUGAUCAAACAAGAACUUCAGGCGGUUGCUGAAGGUGUGGCCGCAUCUGUUCUCCAUUCAUCGACGCCGUCUAAUCCUGACUCAAAUAAACGUGGCGUGGAGGCCAGCCCGGGUGGUGAAGCUCAGAAUAGUAUUGCAGAUGUGCAUGCAGGAGUUGAAGCCGAGGGUUUAAAAACCAAGGUUCCAGAAAAAACAAAUCUUGGGUUUCCGGCUUCAGAUGGAAUUGGUCGUUUGCAGAUAAUCAAGAACAGUGACCUCGAAGAGCUUCGUGAACUGGGUUCAGGUACAUUUGGAACUGUUUACCAUGGGAAGUGGAGAGGAUCGGAUGUUGCAAUUAAACGAAUAAAUGACAGAUGUUUUGCCGGGAAAGCUUCAGAACAAGAACGCAUGAGGGAGGAUUUCUGGAAUGAAGCAAUCAAGCUUGCAGAUCUUCAUCAUCCAAAUGUUGUAGCUUUCUAUGGGGUUGUACUUGAUGGUCCUAACGACUCUGUUGCUACUGUAACAGAGUAUAUGGUUAAUGGUUCUUUAAGAACGGCUUUACAAAAGAAUGAGAGGAAUUUAGAUAAGCGUAAACGUCUAUUGAUUGCUAUGGAUGUUGCUUUUGGAAUGGAAUACCUACAUGGAAAAAACAUUGUUCAUUUCGAUCUGAAAAGUGACAACCUACUUGUCAAUCUACGCGAUCCUCACCGUCCGAUAUGCAAGGUGGGAGAUUUGGGGUUAUCAAAAGUGAAGCGUCAAACGUUAAUCUCAGGUGGUGUCCGUGGAACCCUUCCAUGGAUGGCACCUGAACUUCUCAACGGUAGCAGUAGUCUUGUUUCCGAAAAGGUUGAUGUAUUCUCAUUUGGCAUUGUCAUGUGGGAACUACUUACUGGCGAUGAACCGUACGCCGACUUGCAUUAUGGAGCAAUAAUUGGUGGGAUUGUGAGCAAUACCCUAAGACCUCCUGUUCCAGAAUCAUGUGAUCCUGAAUGGAGAUCUUUGAUGGAGAGGUGUUGGUCAGCUGAGCCAUCAGAGAGGCCAAGCUUCACGGAAAUAGCUAACCUGUUACGUACCAUAACUUCAAAGGUUCCACCAAAAGUACAAUCAAAUCAAUAAUUUUCAUCCUACCCUUUGGGUCAAAAUACGUAGUUUAGUACUUUCUCUUAGUUACUCCUCAUAUUGGUUAUUUAUCGACGGUAAUUUAACAGAUUAUCAUACCAUAGAAUGUGUUAUUUCUUAAAACAGAACCGGGUUGCCAUUUAUCUUAA